CAGGGGAGAGAGAGAAAAUGAAACACAUACGUGGACCCUCUGAAACAUCAUUACGGAGAAUAGUCUCUUUUUUAUUGAAAGAGUGGAUAGUUUCUCGGGUUUGAUUCAACUUGUGGAAGCUUGAAAUAGUACUCCAAUGGCGACAGAAGCUCUGUUUAUCAGAGGAGCCAAGUCUACUGAUUACUUAUUUCCCUCAAUGCGGCGAGAGUCCACGACGAGCCGACAUCCUUUACGAGUUCUAGUGAGUUCUAAGAUUCGAGCUUCUAGCUCCACGGAUGGAAAGAAAAAUGCUUACAAAGAACUGGGUUUGUUUUCUUUGAAAAAGAAGAUUGAUGAUGUACUUCUUCGUGCUGAGAUGUUGGGUCCAACUGCCCUGGAACUUGAAGAAACAAGACGUAUUGCGCAAGAACAAAUUAUGCGUGACUUUAAUCUUUGGGAUGACCCUGAUAAAUCCAAUGAAAUUCUUGCUGAGUUGGCUGAUCGUGUGAGGGUGAUUGAUGCGCUGAAGGAUGUAAAAUACAAGGCUGAGGACGCAAAGCUUAUCACAGAGUUGUCUGAGAUUGAUGCUAUCACUUGUGGGCUUGUUGAGCAAGCAUAUAGUGCAUCUUUAGAUGUGAGCAUGCUCUUGGAUAAGUAUGAAAUGUCGAAGUUCCUUCAGGGUCCAUGUGAUGUAGAGGGAGCAUGUGUAAUUAUUAAAGCUGGAUUAGAUGGGACUGAGUCUGAGAAAUGGGUGGAAAAACUUUUGAGCAUGUAUAUCAAAUGGGCCAAGAAGCAAGGUCAUAGAGGCAGAGUAGUUGAUAAGCAUCCUUCUGUGAGUGGUGGCAUCAAAUCUGCAGGUAUUGAGUUUGAAUUUGAAAAUGCAUAUGGCUAUCUUUCAGGAGAGAGGGGUGUCCACCGCAUGAUAGGUUUUCAGAAUGGAUCUAUUGACAAUAAGGUUAGCUUAGCUGGUGUGGAUGUUGUUCCUCUUUUUCUUGGAGCAACUCCUGAUUUACAAAUAAAUGAUGAAGAUUUGAUUGUUUCGUCUCCCCCAUUGUUUGGAGAAAAGUAUGGAUUAUCUGAAGCUGCUGUUUGCAUUCAGCAUAUACCAACUGGCAUAUGUGUCCAGUCAACCGGUGAAAGGACACUCUUUGCUAAUAAGACCAAGGCCCUUAAUCGAUUGAAGGCGAAACUUCUAGUGAUUGCAGAGGAGCAAAAGAUUUCUGAUUUAAGCAGCAUCAAGAGAGAUGCCAUUGUUGAUGUGUGGAAGAACGAGACUAGAAGAUAUAUUUUGCAGCCUCGCAAGCUAGUCCAGGAUGUUAAAACAGGCAUUCAACUAACUGAUCUAAACUCUGUUUUGAAUGGAAAUAUAGAACCACUUAUUGGAGCUCGUUUCAAUUAUAGACAGUCAAGUAAUGUAGUCUGAACUCACAUUUCUGGUUAUCCUUGUUACGUACGAUGGAAUUUUAAGCCUCAAUCUUGUUCUGUAUCAUAUUAAAGUUCAAAAGAUUCUCAAUAUAUGAUGCUCAUAUCACAUGAAAGUAGUUGAUUAA